GCCGAGACAUGUGGUCCACCUCGACCUUGCGGUCAUGCCUAUAUCAACAGAUGGGUACAGGACAACAUGAUGUAUCCCGGCAGAGCUUUGGUACGGAAGAGAGAUCGACUUUCCUGUGGAAGCCUUGGUACCUACUUGGAAUAGGUUAGGUGAUGAUCCGCAAAUGACCACUGAAGAUUUAAUCGAGGCAAAAUGUCAACGAAUCCUUAAGAAUGAGGAGGUCGUGGAAGACAUCGCUAGCCGGGUGCUGGACAGUAGAAUGAGGGACAAAGCAAGGAGGAGAGAUAAUCAUAAGAGUGAAGGGGAACCAGGCUUAGGAGGCAGUGCCGCACAAAGCGAAGGGGGGCAAAAGGACAGAGAAUCGAUAAAUCCGGAUGGUACCAAAGAAAACCGGAAGGAGAUCUCCACAGGGGAAAGCUCGGGGAAAGCUGAGGGAAGCAGGCAAGGGACUCAGGGGACCAAGGAAGGUAGAAAUAAGGAUAGGACAAGCCCCGGGAACUCGGAAGGUGCCGUGUCUAAGAAAGUAAGGGUCACGGAUACGAGGCGCAAACUAGUCGAGAUAGACAAAAGGACCGCGGAGUACAAGGCAAGAUUGAUUGAGGAAAUGAUGAUUGAGAAUGAAGAAGGCUCUCUGCAGGAGGAGCCCCGGGACGAACGGAGAACCGGCCGAGGUGGGACUGGACAAGGGGGUAAAGGUAGUGACCGUGGGGGAACGCCGAGCAAAAGAAGGAAAGAGGGGGAGAACUCUCCGGGGAUGAACCAGGAAAAGGCUACGACCCCGCCAGCCAUAGAUAGUAGGGCUAGCCGCCUGCCGACCGCGCCAGUGGUGACGCGAGGGCGCGAAGGACUCUGGAGCCUUAGGGAAAGAGUGUUGGGAUCGUUUGACCCGGAAGGAACUACGAAAACCAGGGAGGGACAAAAGGCCGGCAAGGAAGGUCCAGAUAACAGUGUGACAGGCGUGGCCAGCAGCUCUGAGGGCGGCCUUAAGAAGAUAAUAUCGUCCCUCGCGCGAGCACUAAACAAAAAUCAAGGCUACCUAGCGGAUGCUAAGAAAAAGUUGACGUUUGAUGGGGCGAACAUCACGCAAUUUAUGAUAGAUUACGAGAAUCUGGCUGCGCUGUUGAAAUGGACCGAAGAGGAGAAGAUGGACCACAUGGGACAGCAUGUGUCUUUGAGCCUAGGACGGGACAUAAUGGCCAUCGUGGCCGCAAGCCGGUCUUGGAAAGAAAUCCGGGAUGUGAUGAUGAGAAAGUAUCUGGCAGCAGAGAAGAUGGCAACGGAGGCCGAUUUAGCGGCAGUCCAGAGGAAGAACUUCGCAACGUACAAUGACUUCCUACGGGAGUUUACUUUGGUAGCACUAAGGAUCCCCGGGGCUAGCCCUAGGCUGCUCAAAGGGCUAAGACAACACUUGACCCGGCGGCGAGUAGAAAUAGGCGACAACCCCGAAUUACCAGAAGGGGAGAAGGAGGAGGAAGUUCCGCAAGAAGUGGCUAACCUUCAGAGGAGUCGCGGGGACUUGGAGGAUCUCGAGAAAGYUUUUGCGGAUAUUCGUUUGAGUUUGCCCGACCGAGAGGGCRGCGRGGUCAUGAGGUUACCACCGGGGAGAAAGCUUAGCUUUCAUGCGCUGCCCGUAGGGAAGCUGAAAAUCCAGAUYGGGACGCAUCWUACCGACGCGUUAGUAAACGGGGGAGCAGAAAUCACUCUCAUAAGAAGAGAUUUCGCAACGAUCACGRGGUGUACGGUAAACAAGGAAGUAACAUGGAGCAUCCGGGGAGCUGGCGGGGACAUCCUGUUCGCUAGGUACGUCACGAAGUGUGCUGUGAAGGCAGGGGUCAGGGAAUCAAUCUGGUCGUUUCAGCGGAUGACCGUAAUGGAGGAAAUGGACCACGACAUWAKCCUCGGGAGACCGUGGUGCGAGAACGUAGAGAUGAUAGGCAUGCACUUGCACGAUGGCUCAUACAUGGUAGACAUAGAGGACCCUGUGACCGGCCGGGGAGAGCUCCUCCGACUCCUUGGAACGGGAGGAGACCCCCCGAAGGGGAAAUUGGCAACAUGGUCACCGUCGUUCGAGGAUAGCACGCGGAAAGGGGCUUUCGCACGGAUGGAGGGUAUGAGAGAAAGGGUUGAAAUCAUGAUUGAGAAAACAUUCAAUAAGAAGGAGUGGAUCAAGAAGGGCCUGCCCCAGAAGAAGAGGAGGCAGGAGGACGAAGUCCUAGGUGUUAUGGUAGCGGAAAAAGAGUCAGAGGUUGAACUUGGUGCUAGCCUACCCAAACGGAAAGAAGUACGAAUAGAUGUGCCGGAAAUCGCACUUGAGAUCCCCGAUCUAUUGCACCUCAUCAAGGCCUUCAGAUACCAGAAGGAAGCCGGAUCCGGCAAAGACCGACAAGAUAUCACAGUGGCCGACACCACUACGCACGACAACGGAGAGCUUUGGUACGGAAGAGAGAUCGACUUUCCUGUGGAAGCCUUGGUACCUAACUGGAAUAGGUUAGAUGAUGAUCCGCAAAUGACCACUGAAGAGUUAAUCGAGGCAAAAUGUCAACGAAUCCUUAAGAAUGAGGAGGUCGUGGAAGACAUCGUCAGCCGGGUGCUGGACAGUACAAUGAGGGACAAAGCAAGGUGGGACCAUGUUAAGAAUGUCAGAAAGGAGUCACUUCAGGGCUUAGGAGUAAAACGAGAAAAGACAAAAAUGAAAUUCGGCAACGAGAACGACAUCGGGGCAAUCAACAGGCCGACCGGAGGGGAAGAAGCUGGACCAAGCCAAGGGAGGAGGACAGCGAAGAGAAAAUUGUACAUUAGGCUCAUGGGCGGGCCAGUGGUAGGCAGGGGUGGAAGGAAAUGUUUGUGUAGGAAACCCUCACCCCUCCGCAAGGGAGAAGGUAUAGAAAUAUCAUCUGACAGUGAGGGCGAAAAGGGAAGGGCAAAUGUGGAAGAAGGAGGCAACACAAAAAUGGGAGAUAAGGCUCGGGUCUCUAACGAGGAAGGGGCCAAUCGGGGCGAACGACGUGAGACUUGGCAUGGGGAAAGCGAGGGGGGAYAAGGUAUGCGUGACGAACGUGAGGAGGACGAGGAGAAAAGGGAGAGCCCGCUUGAAGGACGAAGCGGUCACGACAGUUGCGARGGGUAUGGGACGGGGACGAAGAUCCCCUUUACCUAUGAUCCAAAGAACCUUGCUGGUGGGUAUAGCCCUAUACAGACUGAGGACGAGGGGGACGAGGAGGAGGAUGUGCGAGAAGUCGUAGAAAUCAGCAGCGGGGAUGAGAGGGAUGAGAUCUCAAGGCCUAGGGAAGAGGGGCGGCCUCCGAUGCACCAGCCGGGCGAUAGGGCUUUCAGAUKGGAGGACGAGUUCGGGCCAACGCCCAGUCAUUGGUUUCAGCAAUGGACCAAUGUAAUCAGGCASGAAUGRAUUAUCAAGACUCGGACACUCGCAAGGGCAGGGGUGGAAGCCACACCACUGGAUUUUUUCAACGAGGCUGAGUUGCAUAGAAUUGUAAGGAUGAAAAGAGAGRUCGAGACCUACGGCCUGCGGGUUAGAAAGCCUGCCGAGGAACGGGGUGGACAAGGAACUAGGCGAGACGAGGUGCAAGGCAGUAAUAAGAACUAGGUGUUGACUUAGCAUUGAAAAGG